AUGAGUCAAUUGCUGGAGAGUGAGAGCGAUGCCGGCUCCAUGUCCACCAACAUCGAUAGUCCGCCAACGGGAAGUCGCAAUACAAUGCAAGACGAGCUUGAACAAUAUGCUAAAAAACUAGAUUUUUUAGACCUAGAUGGUGGUAGCGAACAUCAAUCAGAGCUGGAGGCUCUCGGCAGCUCGGCGAGCAUUGAGGCGAGCAAUGGCGAUAUAAAGACGGGGAAUGUUCCAUCUCACAAGGCACCUAUGACCACCUCCGCAAUCCUAACUCAUCUGACUCCUGCAGGUAAUGCAGCUAUAGAAAAAGUCAAGGAAAAAGAGCUCAAGAAGCCCACCAAACUACAUAUCAAGUUUUUGGCCAUUGGUUCUGUACCGCAGGUCUCCCCUCAAGUUGCCCAGAUUUCAUCUUCUCAACCUUUUUCCGUUCUGAUAACUUUUUUGAAACGAAAGCUUCGACUAAGGACUGUCUACUGCUACGUGAAUAACUCAUUUUCGCCAGCCCCUCAACAGUCGGUGGGCGAUUUAUGGGAGCAUUUCAAAGUCAACAACGAACUGAUCAUAAAUUACUGUAAUGGAGUGGCAUUUGGUUAG